GUGUGGUCGAUGGUCGUGUUUAUUUCUGUGCGAAGACAUGAGGGUGUUGUGUUUUUUUUUGCAUUGUUUAAGUGUUUGUUUGAUUCAAUAUUCGUGUCUUUCUUCGUGUUUUCGCGUUAAUUAACUUUACCAAUGUUUUCUGGUUCCUGGCAAUAUUGAAACGGAGAUGAAAAUGAUGGGUGUUUUGGAAACAAAAAAUGUGGCUUGCCUUUCGUCGUCAACACAUGUGGCUCCUGGAUACGAUUUAAUACGUUUUAUUAUGGCAAGAGAUAACGCUUCCAGAAAACGACUGUCUUCCACGAAAAGGAAUCGUGGAAAUGCCACCGCACUUCAAAGAUGGAGAGAUUCUCAGAAGAAUAAAGCUGGAACGACUGUUGCAACUGUUCAGGAUUCCACUGCAGAUGUUUUGUCUUCCACUAGUGGAAAUUGUUCAGAAUCGGUUAAUAUUUUUGAAGAAGUUAUUACUAAUUUUCAAAGUGAUACCAGUUCGAUCCGUAUUGGAGUAGAUGCAUGGGUGCGGUAGUUUCGCAUAAUACAAGAAAAUGUCAUACUACAUUGCAAAAUGUAUGCAAUGAAAAUAAUUCUAAAAUUAUCAGACGAAUUGAAAUGCGACGAACGCAAAAAAUAGGAGACAGUGGCUUUUAACUAAAAAGUAUAAAGGGAAAAGUCGGGAACAACGGAGCGGAACUAAUAAUGAUCCCGAUUAUGGUGAAAAUUGCCAUAAGUCUGAUCUACCUCCAGAAAUUUUUAAGGUUAUGGGAGAAGAAUUUAAAAAAAAAUGGUCAAGAGCGAAGAUGAAAUAGCCCACAUUGAAAGAAAAACAGUCUUUCGAGACAGCACAGGGAAAUGGAUCGAAGAAAGGAGAAAACUAUUAAUUGCCUCUAAUUUUGCUAGAGUUUGCAAACGAAAGAAAAACUCUAAUAGUGCAAAAUUAGUUUAAUACAUUUUGUAUAAGUCACAAAACAUAAAAGCUAGAUCACUUGAUCAUGGAAAACAUUCUGAACGUAUUGCAAAAGCCGAACUUCAGCUGACAGAAAAACCUGCGGAUAUUGAACCCUGUGGUUUGUUUAUUGACCCAGAAAAUUAUUUUGUGGGGGCUUCUCCAGACGGUCUGGUAGGAACAAAUCAAAUUGUAGAAAUUAAAUGUCCUUAUGCGGCCCUCAGAUUACAACUAACGCCCGAAGAAGUCAUCAAAAAAAAGAAAAUAACUUUCUGGCGGCAAAACAAAUCUGGCGAAAUCAUUAUUAACAAAAAGCACGACUGGUAUUACUAAAUUCACAUUACCAGGAAAAAAGAAUGUAUGUAUUUUAGGUGUGUGGACUGGACCACAGAAAAUGAAAGUAGUGUACCUACAUUUCA